CAUCAGAGCCACCGCAAAAAAGCGUCUCAAGAUCCACAGAGAGAGAGUUCAAGAAAUCGCAGGCAUGGAGAAGGAGGAGGAGGACGUCGACGCCAUGGCCGAGGAGAGCGCCAAGCAGGCCGCGGCGUGCAAGAACCGCGCGAGGCUCCAGCUCCACAAGUCGUUCCUGCACCUGUCCAAAGCCCUCAAGAAGCUCCACGCCCGCCACGGUGGCGGCCACCAGGCCAACGCGAGCGGCGAGGGCGAGCCGCCGACGCCAUCUUCCUCCGCCGCCGCGUCGUUCCUCUCCGGGUGCAUGCACAAUCCCCGGACCCACUCCUUCGCCUCCGGCCGCCGCCACCGCCCCGCGCACGAGGACGACGACCUCGGGGACGCACUCAACGUCAACUUCAGGUCACUCCGGAUCGGUCCGAGUACUGGGGCGGCUGUGGCCGUCGACGGCGGCUCGUCGUCGCCGCGGGAUCGUUACAGCAGCAGCGACGGCGCCAGCGAGGAGUGCGACGACGUGGCGCCGCCGCUGCCACCAACGCCUGCUGCCGCACCGGCCAAUAAGGCAGUGUUCGGCGGCGCCGGCGUCGCGGUGGUGACGUUCUCCGCGGCGCCGUACGAGGACUUCCGGCGGUCCAUGCGGGAGAUGGUGGACGCCGCCUCGGACCGCAGCAGCGCCGCCGCCGCCACCGCCGGGGCGCCGGCGGUGGACUGGGACUUCAUGGAGGAGCUGCUCUUCUGCUACCUCCACCUCAACGACCGCGCGGUGCACAGGGACAUCCUCCGCGCGUUCACCGACACGGUCGCCGCACUCCGGCGGAGGCGCAGGACGGCGAAGAGCAGGCGGACGCGCCGGCGGGGCGCUGCAGCUGACAGCAGCGAGGGCGGUGCCGUGGCGCCGUCGUUCUACGUGAGAGGCAGAGGCAGCGCAUAAACCAGCCGGCGGCACCCGUCGCACCGCGACGGCCGGCCAGGCGGGCGCCGGCGACCUUAUUACGACGAGUUAAUGGUCGCGUGCCGCGCUUUUAUGAGUCAUGUAAUGAAUUUGAUAAAGUAACCUGCAUGUUAAUUACUCUGUCGCUAGUGUAUUUCUUUCUCUCCUUUUCUUUUUGAAAUCACUCUGGGUAGUGUACAUUACCGGACACGUAUAAUCACGCCCGGUAUGCCGUCAAAAAAAAAAAAGGCACGAAGCGACUUCUUGUUGGUCGACGCGCGGCUGCUCCUCGCUUGAGGUCGCAGACGGAUGCUCUUCUUCCCCAGGUUUCGUAUCUUUGUUACUUCGCCAUUGGUGUUGACUUCUA